AUGACGAAUCCUACUCAUCGAAAAAUCGCGUUAAUUAUUGGAAAUGGAAAUUAUAGUCAAUUGAACAAUAAACUAAAAUAUUCUGCAAAGAAUGCAAAAGAUUUGAGUAGUUUACUACAAACAAUCGAUUUCGAUGUGAAUGCAACACACACGGAUAUCAAACAAGAUGAUCAAAUGAAUGUUAUACUUCGACAAUUUGCCAAUAGAAUCGAAGAUGGUGAUAUAAUCUUAUUUUAUUUUUCUGGUCAUGGUUAUCAGAUUGAAAAUCAUAAUUAUUUAAUACCUAUUGGUGAUAAUCAAAUCGAAAAUGAACAAGAUAUUGCAGAUUUUUCUAUUAAUAUUCAACAUGCACUUCAAUUAUUAGUAGAAAAGAAUAAAUCAUAUGUGACAAUAUUUAUUCUCGAUUGUUCGACACCAUACUAUUUCAAAAAUCAAUCAAUAACCGAUGGUAAUAUCAAAGGAAUAGAUAUAAAUGAUACAGAUUCAUCUAUUGGUGAAUCUAUACAGUUUAUUUGUAGUAAUAAUCAAAGACAUAGUUCAAAGAAUUUAUUCAGCAAAUAUUUGCUUGAUCAUAUCGCAACAGAAAAUAUAACUAUUAUAGAUAUUUUCAAACAUAUAAAAGUUCUUGUAUAUCGAGAAAGUAAUCGAACACAACAACCAUUGAUUAUUAAUCAAUUAAAACAAUAUCAAAAAAUCUAUCUUAAUCAAAUCAUCAUUUUUGUACCAACCAUUCCUUCUGAUGCUCAAUGGAAAUCGAAAGGUAUCACUAUCGUUGGUGGUAUAUUGAACCGUGUUCAUUAUCCUCAAGGUAUUUAUGUAAGCCAUAAUGAAACUAUUUUCAUUGCUGAUACUGGUCAUGAUUGUAUUAUGAAAUAUACAGAGAAUGGAAGGAAAGCUCGACGAAUAAGUAAUAAAAAAACUGAUAAAGAAGAAUCUGACCGAUUGAAUCGGCCAUUGACUGUCAUUCAAGAUGUAAAAUCAAAAGAUUUAAUUAUUUGUGAUCGUGGACAUCGACGAGUAUUACGAUGGAAUCGAAAAACGAGUACAUUUACACGAAUAAUCAAAGAAAAUAUCGCAUGUUUUGGUGUAGCAAUGGAUAUGGAAGGAUAUGUUUAUGUAUCUGAUACAGAAAAACAUGAAGUAAGACGAUAUCAACCUGGUAAUAAAUAUGGAACAAUUGUAGCAGGUGGUCAAGGUCAAGGUCAUCGACUUUCUCAAUUAAAUUAUCCAACAUAUAUUUUUGUUGAUGCAGGACAAUCUGUUUAUGUAUCGGAUUGUUUCAAUAAUCGUGUUGUAAAAUGGGAAAAAUAUGCAAAGAAAGGAAUUAUUGUUGCUGGUGGUCAUGGAAAUAGUAAAGAUGCUAAUCAGUUAUAUCGGCCUGCAGGGCUGAUUGUUGAUCAAUCAGGUACAAUCUAUGUAGCCGAUCAUUGGAAUCAUCGAAUUAUGCGUUGGCGUGAAGGUGAAACACAUGGUGAAAUCAUAGCCGGUGAUAGAUAUCUUGGAGGAAAUUGUUCAAAUCAAUUGAAUGGUCCUGAAGGAAUUGCAUUUGAUCAACAUGGAAAUCUCUAUGUUGCUGAUUCUAAUAAUCAUCGAAUUCAACGUUUUAAUAUUCAAACAGACUGA